AUGGAGAGGGGCGAGAGGCUGCGAAAGCGGGAGGCGGAACGUGCCGAAAAGAGAGCCAAGAAGAGGCGGAAGCUGGGGAAGAAGCCUCUGACGGUGGACCGGUCCGGCGGGUACGAGAGCCAACCGAAGAAGCACGCCAACAAACGACGCCUCGAGUUGGCCAGGUUGGAGAGAUUGGUGUCGAAGCAGGAGGAGCUUCUACGAGACUACCGGCCACCGGUGCACGUGGCCCCGCUCGACCCGGAGCUGAAGCGCAAGAGGCGUCGGCGCGACUUCUACGACCUAGACACGUCGCACUGGAAGCUCACGGGGGCGGCGAGGCCGGCGGACUCCCUCCCGGGGGCCGGGGGCACGGAGCUCGUGAACGAGCGGGAGGACUGGGAGGCCGGCGAGGACUUGUUCGAGAAGCUGGCGGGCGCCAGCAGCGGCGGAGCCUCCGGCGGCGGAAACGACACCGACAGCGACGACGACAGCAGUAGCGAUAGCGGUGACGACGAUGGUGGCGGUGAAGAGGGCAGAGGCAGGCAGAAAGGGGAGACGAGUGGGGGCGGCUUCUAUGAAGGGCCGGAGGCCUGCAGGGAGUACCUCGAUCUGAACCACCAGCUUGCCCAAAGGCUGCACGACGGCGGCAAGGAAUCCCAGACGGAAGAGGCCCUCAAGCGGUACCAGAGGUCGCUGGAGCUUGACCCGGUGGACCACGUAAAUGCGAGAAGAGGUCUGGUCCGUCUUCUGCUGGACGGGGGCGACGCGGACAAGGCCCGAGCGGUCAUCGAUAGGUUUCCCGAUGACCGCGGGUGCGAGAUGGCCUGGUCGCUGGCGGCGAUCGAGUUUGUGGCGUGGUCGGUGCUGCAGGAGGACGGCUCCGGGGAAGAGGUAGCCGGCAAGGCUCUCCGGGAGGCAUGCGGGGCGAACCCGUUCGUGGCGUGGAACAUCGCCCACCGAGAAGUGUUCGACGAGGUGGUGGAGCAUGCAGAUGAGAUCGAAAGCCCUCCGGCGGGGUCCGUGAUGGAGGCGUUCUGGUACAUGGUACGGGAGGGGGGCCUGUGGGAGAGCCUGGAGGGUGCAUCGGAGUGGGUGGCUGACUUCUUGCUGCAGAACGAAAUGCUUCCUCCGAACCCGCACCAGGGCGAUGAUGGUGUGGUGGCCGGUGAGGACAGCAAGGACGACAGCGACGGCAACACCAACGGCGGUGGAGUUCGGGAGGAGAAACGAGUCCGCCAGGCUUCUGCUGAUGAAGCUGGUGAUGGUGAGGAGGAGGAAGGCUCGACGAAGAUGGUGCUGUCAGAGGGCGACGUCGACAACGACGAGAGCAACGCGGGAAUGUUUGCCAACAUGUUCGAGACCGCGGUGGGCAUGGCCGCGGAGUUGGCAGAGCAGCAGCUGGGGAUGGAGGAAGGGGAAGGAGGGGAAGAGGCGAGUGCGCAGGGCAGAGGCAUCGUUGGCCGGGGAGCGAGGGGGAGGUAAACGACGGUGACGAAGCGGGCGUUGUUUUUCAUGACAAUAAGGAGGCCGGAUUUUCGGCGGGAUUUCGGAACUCUCAAAAGAGUCGUAGAGAGCAGGCAACAAAAGCACCUGAGCGGUGCCAACGAGGGAAGGAUUUUGUUGGAAAAGCCUUCUAAACC